AAUAAAUAAUAAAAAUAUUCUUAAGUUUUAGAAGUUAAAGUAAAAGUAUUCAUAAAGCAUUGAGUUAGCCACGGUGGCUCAGUGGUGGCUCAGUGGUCGGGCCAGUUUUUCAACUAGAAGUGUGUGAAUGUGUGAACACAACAAACAGCCUCAGUCAAACCAGGAUUUGAACCGCUGACCUUCUUGCUAUGAGGCAACAGUGCGACCCACGAUCCCCCCCACCAGCAGAAUGUCUUUUCUGGACUCUGGCAGGACGUCAGAGAACCCACGCAGACAAACAGAGAACAUGCUAACUCACGCUGACACAACAACGUCGAGAGCCGCCGCUCCACCGUGUGGCCCCAGGUCAGCGUCUCCAGAGUGUAACGAUGAGUGUUUUAGUUUCUUCUUCUUCUUUUGCAGAAGUGAGGCUCGUUUUACGACCGUGAACAUUAUGUGAACCUUAGACGUUAAUAACUGUACAUGUAUAUAAUAAUAUAUAUAUAUAUAUAUAUAUAUAUAUAUAUAAUAAUUCUCCUUAAUGCUUUAUAUUAGCCUGUGUUUUAGGUGUGGCUCACCGUGGUCACAUGACCUCUGCCGUGCUCGGAUUCUAGAAAAGUCGUGUGAACUGAAAUAUUUUCUACUUUGUUUAAAAUGUUAAAAAAUGAAGUUGUUUUAAAUUUGAAGGUAACAAAAAAAAACCCUGAACUGUGCAAAUGUCACCAGUGUUUACUCUGUGUUUGAGCAACCACAGGUCAAAGGUCAGACGGCUCACUGAGGCGGAGUCCUGGUGAGACGGAGGACGGUACAAAAGACGGAGAGGACGCGGCGUCUCUGCGGCGUCUCUGCGGCGUCCACACUCUGACAGCAUGGAGCUGUACCUGGACCUCAUCUCUCCGCCCUGUCGCUCCGUCUUCCUGUUCGCCAAAGUGCUCCAGAUUCCCUUUGACUUCAAGCUGGUGAAGCUUUCUGCAGGUCAACAGUACACUGAGGAGUUUGGCAGAAUCAGCUCCAUCAGGAAGGUUCCUGUCAUGAAGGAGGGAAGCUUCAUUCUGACAGAAAGCGUCGCCAUCCUGAAGUUCCUGGCACAGAAACACGCCUCGUCAGCGGGGGAUCACUGGUACCCGGCCGACCUGCAGCAGCAGGCUCGUGUUAAUGAAUACCUGUCCUGGCAGCACCUGAACCUCCGGAUUCAUGGCUCAAGGGUCUUCCUGCUGCGGACCCUGUAUCCUCUCAUCAUGGGCUCAGAGGUGCCCGAGGACAAGAUGGACGCUGCUGUCGAGAACCUCACACAGUCCGUGAAUCUGCUGGAGGAGAAGUUCCUGCAGGACAAAGCGUUCAUCGUCGGAGACAAAGUGUCUCUGGCUGAUCUGGUGGCUGUGAUUGAGCUCAUGCAGCCCAUUGGAACCGGCCUGAACGUGCUUGAAGGCCACCCGAGGCUGAUCGCCUGGAGAGAGCGAGUGAAGCAGGAAGUUGGUAAAAAGCUGUUUGAUGAAGCUCACGAGUCGGUGAUGAAGGUGAACAGUCUUCCUCAGGAGAUGCAGAGAAGCAGCCACCUGCAGGCGCUCAUUCCCAAGUUCCAGAAGGUUUUCAACUGGUGAAAUUUCCCACUGAUGUGACAAAUGGUUUUAACCUCAGUAUACAGUAUAUAUAUAUGUAUAUAUAUAU